AUGAUUUAAUACUCUUUUUUAUAGUUCUUAAGAUAUGCUUUUAAUGAUAAAGGAUAAGAUAUAAGAUACUUAUAUACUUGUAUAUAUAGAAAUAGCUUAUAUAUCAAUUCUCUUUUUAAAUUAUUAAAUAAAAGAAAAAUUAAAAUACAUAGUUAAUUAAUAUUAAAAAGAUAGAAUUUAAAAUUAAUUUAGAUGAAAGAGUAAAGAAUUGAGUAUACGUUAAGAUAAAUAGAGAUCAGGCAAUUUCCUAUAAAUCUAUUAACCAAUUCAUGCAAAUUUACUUUUUAAGGUAUAAAAAUAGUACUUACUAUAAAGGUAAUUGAAAAUCAUUUUAAAAAGAUUUAAGUAAAUGAUGCAAGUAUAGGAAUUGUUUUAGUAAAAUAAUCAACAUUAAAAUAAAUAUUAACAAGUUCAAUUGGAAAGAGUCUUCGAAUUAAGAAAAGUCCUGAAUUGAGAUUGAAUAUCUGUUAUAAUAGUAGAAGGACUUGUAUAAAAUAUGAUGGUAUUUUAGAGCUCAAUUCUAAACAAAAAAAAAUAAAGGAACUAAAAUUUAUUUUAAAAUUGAAUAUUAAAUGUCUUUUAGGGAUGAAUCAGUAAGAAAUCCUAUUAUCUCAGAAUAUACUAACAAAAAUAAUGCUUAUAAAUAUAUGAUAUUCCAUAAUGAAUCUAAUCAGUUAGAUUAAGAUAAAUAUUAAUUGAGAUAAUCCUUUUCUGAGAAUACAAAAAAUUAAGAUUAUUUGUCUCCAUCCAAAAAUCUAAAAGAAAAAGAAAUAAUACAAAGAAUAGAUUUUAUAAACUUAUAUUAGCAACUUAAACAUCAGAGAGUUUGCUUGAAAUGGUCAAUAAUUCUAAUUAUAAUAUAGAAUUGCCAAUCAGUCCAUUUUAUUUUAGAUACAAAUCCCAAACAAAAUGUUUUACUUGCUAAAUAUGUACUCAAUGCUUUCAAGUUUAAAUUGUAGAUGAUGUUCAUUUCAAUUAGAUUGCUUUAAAAGUAUUACGUUUAUAUUAUAAAAUACAAGAUGAUUAAAGACACAAUGAAUAUUAAGCAAUAGAAAUGUUUAAGAAAUAAAUAUACAUCAUUUUUAAUUUAAUAUUUUAGUAUUUAUGGACAUUGAGAUGCAAGAAAUAAAUGGAUUCCAAACAACUAAAUAAGUUAAAAUAAAAAUUAUUUUAAAAUAUUAGAUACUCAAAACAACAUAAGACUCCACAAAGAUUGUGAUGUGUUUUGCAUAUGACAAUAAAGAUAACUUUUAGUGA